AUGUUCAAGAAGAAGCCAACAAUUAAAAACCUCUCCCCCUUGCGGUCUUCAGAUCGACGGAAGAUCGCCGACCAGAUCAUCAGCGACUACAAGAUCAGCAUCCCCUCGACAGCACCAUCUGAGGCAAAAGGCGAAGACUCUACUACUCCGGCCACAUCGAGCACUACGUCGCCCAACCUCACAACCAUCCGAAACUCCCUUCUCCCCGAUAACUCUCUAUCUGCGCGAUUUACAACAACGGCGGGCCCCCAACUCCGAGAGGUCCAAGGUACCGUGUACGUUGGAACACACCCAGAAGGCGAAGAACGGGUUUUGUGGUUCAAAUUAGAACAUGGACCCGGUGCAGAUGGACGAAUCUACCCGACAGUAUACACAUUAUGGCACAAUCCCAACAUAGUUCCUUUGCUUUAUACUCCAGACUUUGUCAUGCAAAAGCUCCGCGGUGGCGCAGAUUUGAUGACUCCCGGCCUUGCGAAUGAGCCACCCUUCCCUGAGCGUGCAGUGAAAGGGGCGGUUGUCGCAGUUGCGGGUAUAGAUCGGUAUACUGUGCCUCUGUUCGUGGGAGUUUGCGAGAUCGAUGUUUCUGGGCUUGGGGAGGUCCAGGGUACAAAGGGACAAGCGGUUCGGGGUAUGCACUGGGAGGGAGAUGAGCUUUGGGCCUGGAGCUCAUCUUCUCGACCCGGUCAACCUUCACCAGAAUACUUGGCCGGUUGGGACGAGGAUGAGGAUGAGGAAGACGAGGUCGAAGAGGUAGAAGCGAGAGUCGAGGGAUUGGCGUUGGAGAACAAAGAGACGGCCGAAGAAGGCGAGGAGCCUUUGGGCGAAUCCCCUGUUGAAGAGCUGGAAGAAACUGCCGUCGAACCCACAACGAAGGAAAUCGACGAUGUUUUCGUAAAGGCUUUUCUUUACGCCCUUUACAAACAUAAACAAGACAACCCAUCUGCUCCCAACCACGGAUUGUCUCUCCCUAUCCAACCCUCCGCCUUGAUCUCGAAUAUUAUCACGCCAUUCCUGCCGAUUUUUUCUGCCCAACAAGCCCAGUUCUAUCAGAUCAAGAAAACAAGCUGGAAGAACGUGAAAAAAUUCAUCAAGUACUUGGACAAGCAGAAACUGGUCAAAUCCAAGGACCGCAAUGGGCAAGAGACUGUCAUUCUCGACGUGGAUUUCAACGACCGCCAAGUCGAACAAUUUGUCCCUUACAAGCUUCCAUCGAAGAACGCGAUUGAAAACGCCGGAAAAGCUGUUGCUGGUGGAAACAAGAAACCCGCACCUACUGAUGGGGACCCGGCUGUUGGUCAAACAAUCACCGUCCAGACACUAUACCGGCCAGCGUCGAAACUGGUUCCGACGAUAUUCCCGUCUUUGCCCAGCAGUAGCCCUAGCAACUACUACAAAUACUCCGACGUCUCCAAUCGCUUGGAUCAGUAUCUUCAGUCACAAAAUCCACCCAUUAUCUCAAAAGAGAAUCGACGGAUCAUCUCUUUGAAUCCAUUCCUCGCCAACACCGUCUUUACUUCUUCCUCCACCGAAGAUAAAAGCACCCUUGCCCGCGGGAAAACCACCCGGGACGGUCUUCUGAAACGUCUUGUGGAGGACAACUCUUUCCUGGCACAGCACUAUGUUAUUCUCAAGUCCGGCCAGACCAUUGCCGAUGUCAAGCCCAAGGCUGGUACUGCGCCCAAGGUCAAUGUGAUCCUUGAGCGUCGGACGGGCUCAAAGACCGUUACCAAGGUGUCUAACCUGGAAGUAUUUGGAAUCAUUCCUAGCCUUCUCGCAGAGGAGCUGCAGAAGAAGUGCGCAAGCAGUACCAGUGUAACACAGGCCAACGGAGCACCCAAGGGGGUCAUGGAGGUCUUGGUCCAAGGCGAUCAGAGAAAAGCUUUGGACACGGCACUUAGUCGACGAGGAUUGCGGACGCAGUGGAUUGAUGUGGUGGACAAGACAAAGAAGAAGAAAUAA